AUGGAGCUCCCCGCGGGCAGCCAGCCGCCUCAGGAGGGCAGCGAGGAGGCGAUGGGCGAAGAGGAGGAGGACUUUGAUCUGUACGAAGGAAUCGACGCCGCCGACCACCUCCUUGUGUCCUCUUCCCCUGCGUCUCUGCCUUCGCUCUCCUCGUCUCAUCCCGCGGCUCCAGCGUCUUCUUCUGGAGGCCUGCUGGCUGAGGAGGGCGACAUCUGCGCCGAUCUAUCCGGCUCGAAGGAAGGGAAAAGCCAAGAGGAAGACCUGGUCGUUCUAGCCGACGAGCUCGAUCUCUCUUCUUCUUCCGCCUGCCCGGGCGCCCUGCCCGUGAGUCCCUCGGGCGCCACGAACGCCCUCGGCCGAGGCGGUUUCUUGGAGACGAGACUCAGAGGAAAGCGAAAAAAAUUCGCAGAAAAAACCGGACUCACCAAAAUCGAAGUCCCGCUCUUCCUGGGGCCGCCGCCGGCACUUCCGGACCUCGUUGCCGAUGCUGCAGGGGCGACCACCAACAGCGUCGUUCUUCUCUCUCACCUCUCACUUUGGCAAACCGACGUCUCGAUCCGCGAGGCCGCCGUUCAAUUCGGGCGCGUGCGAGCUGUGCGAAUUCUCAACAGCGCCCUGGACGGUCGCUCAGCCGGGGUCGCCCUCCUCCAGUUCGUCGCGGCGGAUGACGCUGAGCGCUCCAUCACGAAGGGUCUUGACCAGGCCCUCCAGGCUAAGCAACAAGGCCCCCGGCAAGCGAAAGUGACGCGGCUGCCUUCCAAUCUGGUCGCGGAGCUUGACGCCUGCCCGCUGUCGUGGACGCGUGGCGGACCUAUUCCUGAGGCUCUCCUCGAAAGACUCUUCAAGCUCGCUGGGUUGCCGAUGCCACCGCGUGACUCUUCUUCUCUCUCCUCGUCGUUCUUCGCCUCCUACUUCUCUUCGCACACGGACCUCAGCGGCGCAGCCCCGGGGAGAGGGGACCCCCCGCCUCGCGUCUUGGGCUCCAGGGCACCGGAGAUGCGUCCGCAAAAAACGGAGACAAGACGGGAAAAGCCUCGGCAGACCCCCUCGGCGCCGCCCGCAGCCUAUUCGAUUCUUUUGAGUUUUCUUCUCGCACAUGCGCUGCGUGCCUUCAGGUUCCCCUGGCUGGAUCCCAAAGUUCUGCAGGUGAUUCAGGAGAGCGUGGAGCGGAGGCGAGCGCGGCGGAGCCGCAGCGACUAUUCCUCCUCGAGUGGCGACGAGAGCUCUAGCGGCUGUGAAGACGACGAGGCAAGCGCGACAGCGGAGGAAGAAAGAAGGCGUCAGCAAGGAGGAAAGAGUCUGCCAGGGAGCGGCGCCCUCCAGUCGCGGAACGCAGACCCCGCCGCAGGCGCGUCGCCCCGAGCGGCUGGUGCGGACGUGUCUCCGGGGUCCUCCCUCCCGGAGCUUCCGUCGUCUCAGUUUUCCCCGUCCUGUCCGGCGCGGCCGCUCUCGCAGGUCCAUGUGCCAAAUCCGCCGCCCCUGCCGGCUUCUCCCCUGUCGCCGCCGCCGCUUGCGUCUUCGGUGUCUCCUUCGUUUUCUUCCUCCUUCUCGUCGUUCGUUCCUCCGCCGCCGCCUCCCCCUCCGGCCCCGGGGAUGGGCGCGCUGCAGCCGCCGCCUCCACCGCCGCCCGCAGAUGUGUCUCCUGCGCUGGCGUCUAACUCGCACGGGGCGUCGCCCUCGCUCUCUACGCCGCUCCACGCAGCGGGCGGUCAGGGUUCGUUCGCCCCGAGUGGAGGCGGAACGAAUGCCGCGGGGGGCGGGCUCCAUUCGUCCUCUUCGUACGGCGCGUCCUCUUCCUAUGCGUCUUCCUAUCCUCCCGCUGGAGUUGCGGCGCCUCCCCCGCCCUCCAUCGUCGUCUUGGCGCCGCCGCCGACCGCGCCGCAGCAGCAGGCGAAGCCCGCCGCGGCGUGUGGCGCGUUCUCCGCUCCCUAUGCCGCGCCCUCGGGCUCCUCGUUUCCUUCGUACUCCUACGGCGAAGAGUCUUCAGCGCCCGCCGGCCGUGGCACCGGGGGGGUUACCCUCCUGCGCCCCGCGCCGCGCGCGGCGCCGCGGGUGGGUCUCGUGCGCGAGGAGGACUCGAAUAUCUACGCCGCGGGCAUGUCGCGGGCGGACGAAGGGACUGGUGCGGCCGGCGCACAUCGCGUCCACGGGUCGCAUGCAGACGGCGCCAGCGCUGCAUUCCCUUCGGGGUCUGCCUCCGCUUCGUCGUUCCAGGGCGCGGGGUACGGCUCCGCGGCCCCCUUCGGCUCGUCGUCUCACAGCUACGCUCCUCCGCACUCGCAGACCGCCUACGGGCACGCUGCAGAAGGAGGCGAGAGGUACCUCUGGGGGGGACAGGGACAGAACCUUGGCGGGUCAGCUGAUGAGGCCGAACCUCGAGGUGAGAAGACAGGGCCGUACUCCUUCGCGGCAAGUCUCCAGAGGCCAGCCGCGGCAGCCGCCCCAGCCAGUCAGACGCCGGCGCCGAGGCCGCAGGCUGCCGCCGCAAAGGUAAAGCGCCAGAGGCAGUUCUGA